GGGUGGGGACUCCAGGUCCCCAAAGCAGCGCCUGCCGGAGAGAGGAGGACAACCGAUGCUUUGGGGGUGGAGCCACCGGCUGAGGCUGCAGCCCCUCCCGGAAGAAAGGAAGGAAGGAAGGAAGGACACAUGGGCUUGGGCUGGCCCAUGGCAUGGUUGGUGAAUCAGUACCUACAGCUGUAGGGAUCCCAGAAGCGCAGCGUCCAGUACCCAGAGCGGCCCGUGCAGUCCCAGGUCAGCAGAGAAUCACGGGCUCAAGAGCUCCUUAAACGUGGUGGCUGCUCCAGAUGCUGUUCCGCUGAGACAUGUGGCUUUGGCGCAUGAAGCCGUGGUGGGGCCUCAGAUCGAGAGGGCUGAAAUGGAAGGGAGGAUUCCGCUGCCCCUUUGUUUUGCUGCCACUGAGACCAGUCAGUGGCUGCAGGGCCCCAUUGGUGACAGCGACAGCCUUGGUCAACCACUGGGCACAGCUCUUUGAGGAGAGAGGAGUGCCUGAAGCCCGGGAAUCCAGCGAGUACAUCGUGGCUCAUGUGCUUGGGGCCAAAACAUUUCAGAGCCUGCUGGCCAGUCAGAGAUCCACCUCCGUCACUGACCUUCAGCAGAAGCAGAUUGGAGAGCUGUGCGCUCGGAGGCUUCAGAGGAUGCCUGUGCAGUAUGUCAUUGGUGAAUGGGAUUUCCAGGGCCUCACUCUCAAGAUGGCGCCUCCAGUCUUCAUCCCCCGGCCUGAAACUGAGGAACUGGUCAACUUAGUACUUCAUGAGGAAUCCAGAGGAAAGGACACCCUAGGCCAUCAGCCCCACUCCAGCCCACUCAUCCUGGACUUGUGCUGCGGCUCUGGGGCGAUCGCCCUCAGCCUCCUGAGCAGGCUGACCCAGAGCCGUGCGGUUGCGGUGGACAAAGGGGAAGAGGCCAUACAACUCACCAGAGAGAAUGCUCGGAGGCUCCGAUUAGAAAAUAGGAUCCAGAUUGUCUGCCAUGAUAUCACCUCUGGAAUGAGCAGGGAAGAGCUGCUUCCAUGGGGGCCAGUGGACUUUGUGGUCAGCAACCCCCCCUACAUCUUCCAUCGUGACAUGGAGCAGCUGGCUCCAGAAAUCCUCAGCUAUGAAGAUCCCGACAGUUUGGAUGGAGGAGAGGACGGCAUGAAAGUGAUAAGAGAGAUCCUGUCCCAGGCACCUAUGCUGCUGAAAGACUCAGGAAGCAUCUUCCUAGAAGUUGACCCUGAGCAUCCAGAGCUGGUUAGGAAUUGGUUACAAAGCCGGCCUGAUCUAGGUCUCUCAAUCUCGGCCACACAUGUUGACUUCUGCGGCAAGCCUCGGUUCCUACAUAUUCACCAAGUCAAGAGGUGCUGGCAGUAGGGGCACCCAGAAAAUCCCAAACCUCCAGCUUAUGGGAGCUUCCAGCAGAUCCAUCUUCUUAGGGUACUGAUAACACAGCAAGAGGCAAGAUCAUCCUCCCAGGAUUGGAGGAUGCAGGAGUGUGGAGCUCUCCAGAGUGGAGGAGUGGGAGUUGGGGGGUGGGGUGGUCUGGCGUGAUCUUUUUCCAUCCAGCCUCUUGCUACCACGAUGCUUAAGCUUAGGAUAGACUCUGGAGGGUCUUUACCCCCGUCCUGGGCCCAUUCAGUGGUAGUGAUGGGAGUGUUUAUUCUCUUGCACAGAAAUAUUCCUUAUAGACCCAAAGGAGAACUUACCACCUCCUCUCCUUAUCCCCCCAACUCCCACCCCAUCAACAACUACUACUAACCAAUAUGGAGAAAAACUAGAAACAUGGAUCUUUUCUUAAGCGUGCUGAUUUGGAGCUGGGAGACCUAGAUUCAAGUCUGUCACCAAUUUUGCCACUACUAGCUGUGAGAUGUAUGAGCCUCAGUUUCCUCUCCUGUUGAAAUAGGAAUAAUAAUGUUUGCAUCCCCUUCACAGAGUUCUUAGAAUCAAAUAAGAUAAUGUGCAUAGCGUGUUUUGUAAAGUCAAGAGCUUCACUAAUGUUAAAUAAAGGUAAGCUGUCACUAAUAUUAUGUCUCUUGAGAAGUCAA